AUGGCCUCAUCACUUUUCAUUGAUCUUGACCAUCAGCCUAUUCGUGAGAACGACACUCUUGGGUAUGGAAGAUCAGGGGUAGUCAUCCUUCGUGAUGGCUUAGCUGUUAAAAUACCUUUGAGACAUCCUUGGAGUACUGAUAUCGAUUUCGAAAUCAAUAUGGGUGUUAUUCACCGCGAGCAAGAAAUUUAUCGCCGACUUCAAUCAUCUCAGAUUAUUGGUGUGGUCCCUUGUGUUCACUUGCUGGACAAUGAGACUCACCUCGUAUGGAUGAAAAAUGGAGAUAUUCGAGCCUACCUGAAGAAAAAUGCCGUGUCUCGCAGGCUUCAAUUGGCAUGGUUUCGUCAAAUGACCCAAACAAUCAGUCAAAUACAUGACAGCCGCGUGCUUAUUGCCGAUAUUUCCUGUCGCAAUUUUCUCCUCGAUUUAAAUUUAGCGAUAAAGCUCUGUGAUUUCAGUGAAUCAUCUCUUCUGCCUCUGGAGACGGACAUGGAAUCUGCUGACGACAACGGAUUUUCAAUUUUCACAGAUAUUGGACAACUUGGUGCAGUGAUGUAUGAAGUCAUUACUGGACAACAAUGUGAAUUCAAUCUCUUCAGAGAUAACGCUGCUGAUGAUGGCCGAGCUACCUGGCCACGACGAGACUCACUUCCGAACACUCACGAAAUCUGGCUUGUAUUUAAGCACAUCGAGAAAGUUGCCAAGUCGAUAUUCAGAAAGUUACCAAGCCGAAUUCGUGUCCAGGAAAAUAGGGUGGAACGUCAUUCCCGUAGGGUCUCCCCUAUAAUACUUUCUCCAGAAUUGCAGCCGUUCUUGAAUCUGUCUCAACACUCCCCUCAAAACUUUCAGAAAAGCCUUUCUGCCCUCGCAUCAGAUGAAGAGUAUGUGGAACUCCAUGGAUAUGAACUCAUCGCCAGAUCUUUUCUAUGGACCGAUGAAAUGAAAGAGGGCACAAUUCAAAAGAUUCAUUGCCGGCUGAGUUAUACCAUCUUCUUUCUAAUGACAAUGUGUAUCCAAGAAGCCGGCCAGAGUCAGGAUGCAAUCGCCUCUCUUUCUCAAAUUAUUAAUGGUAUUCUGAAACUACAUCAUGCUAGAGUCCAGAAAAAGCUGCGCUCCUGGGUUGAAUGGGGCGAAAGACUCUGGCUCUUAUCUCAAGAACUAGGCGGCCCUGGAGUUCUGGUACUCCUUCCCAACGACAUUGGAGAAUCCAUGUAUGUAUUAAGUUUAAAGCUGCUUCUGUGGUGA